CGCGCCGGCCGGGUUGAGGCAGCGGCGGUAGCCGAGGAGGACUAGUAAAGACCGGGGGCUGGUUUCCCGGCCCGCGUCGGGCCAUGGGGAAAGAGCAGGAGCUUCUAGAGGCCGCCCGCACGGGGAACCUGCCCGCCGUGGAGAAGCUGCUUUCGGGCAAGCGGCUUAGCUCGGGCUUCGGCUCGGGGGGCGGCUCGGCGUCUUCGGGGGGCGGCGGCGGAGGCGGCGGGGGGCACCCGCUUUCUAGCCUUCUCAGUAUCUGGAGAGGACCAAAUGUGAACUGUGUUGACAGUACUGGAUACACUCCAUUGCAUCAUGCUGCUUUGAAUGGCCACAAGGAUGUUGUGGAAGUUCUGUUGAGAAAUGAUGCAUUAACGAAUGUGGCUGACUGCAAAGGCUGUUAUCCUCUCCAUUUGGCAGCUUGGAAGGGAGAUGCUGAAAUAGUGAAACUGCUAAUACACCAGGGACCCUCCCACACUAAAGUAAAUGAGCAGAAUGCUCUUGAGAUCAAAGAACUCAAAAAGUACGGCCCCUUUGACCCUUAUAUCAAUGCCAAGAAUAACGACAAUGAGACAGCAUUGCACUGUGCAGCUCAGUAUGGCCAUACGGAAGUGGUGAAGGUUCUUCUGGAGGAGUUGACUGAUCCUACUAUGCGCAAUAACAAGUUUGAGACUCCUCUUGAUUUAGCUGCUCUCUAUGGGAGACUAGAGGUUGUGAAGAUGUUGCUUAAUGCUCAUCCCAAUCUAUUAAGUUGCAAUACUAAGAAACACACUCCCUUGCAUCUGGCAGCUAGAAAUGGCCAUAAAGCUGCUGUUCAUGUACUUCUGGAGGCUGGCAUGGAUAACAACUACCAGACAGAAAAAGGCAGUGCUUUGCAUGAAGCUGCUUUGUUUGGCAAAACAGAUGUGGUACAGAUAUUGUUAGCUGCAGGCAUUGAUGUGAAUAUAAAGGAUAACAGAGGCUUUACCGCUUUGGAGAUUGUCAGAGAACUUCCUUCUCAAAAAAGCCAACAAAUAGCAGCUCUGAUUGAAGACUGUACAACAAGAAAGAAUCUUGCAACAGCAGAAGAGAAGUUAUCAUCGCCUUUAACUGCUUCCAUUGAAACUUCUCGGAUACCUCAAGGAAAUGUGGAGAAAGCUGUGACAGACUUGAUAACAGAUGUUGAUAGCAAGCCAGAAGAAUGUCCAUAUGAAGUACUAUACAAUGCAACCUCCUGUCAUUCUUUGGACAGCCUAGCCAGUGGAAGAUCCUCAGAUAGAGAUUCAGUGAACAGAGAAGCGGAGAUGACUGGUAUUAAAGUGACAGCAGUGAGACCUAGAGAGCGUCCACCACCUCCUGCAAAACCUCCCCCUGAUGAAGAAGAGGAACAUGAAGAUAAAAAACAUGAUGCAUCCUCAGUGGGUUUGGUCACCAAAAGAAAAAGUAGAGGGAGCACAGCUGAUGAAGAAGAAGAACAUCCUUAUGAACUCUUGCUAACAGCAGAAACAAAGAAACAUGUUACAGUAGAUAAAAAGACAAAAGGUGAAUCAACUUUAGGUGCUACCUGCAGUGUCCAACAACAGACAUGGUCCCGAAAAGGUCUAUCUUCUCAGGAUGGUCAGUGGCCACUAAAUUGCCAAGCUUCCUCCGAUUUUUCUUCUAGCCAUUCUGAACAAUAUCCAAGUCCUGAAUCUCAGUUGGUUGAGAUGCCAAAAGACCAAAAAAGGUUCAACAGAAGCCACAGCCAAGCAGAUGUCCAAGAUGCCCAGGUACUGGAUCAAUUCUCAGGUCUUCUGCAUGGUUCUUCUCCGGUGUGUGACAUAAAUGAGGACCCUUUGAGACUCAUUUCUGCUGUGGGCAAAGGAAGUACAGAGGGAAUUGCUAUGCAGCUGGAAAACGUUGAGGCUUCUGGAUCGGUACAAUCUAGUACUGCAGACCAAAAUAAAGUGGUCUAUUCAGCCAUACGCCAUAUCCGUGACAAGUUGGAUUCUGGAACUUUGGCACAUCCUCAUUUGCCACAGCACCCCGGUAGUGUUGAGGAUGGAGACAAGAGCAGUGUUUUGGGAAGAGUUCAUCCAGGAAGCAAGUCCAAAGCAGACCUCAAACUUAGCCGUAGCUUAUCAAAAUCGGAUUCUGAUCUUUUGACCACCUCACCAACAGAGGACGAUACUAUGGGAAGCAGAAGUGAAUCCCUCUCCAAUUGUAGCACUGGGAAAAAAAGGCUGGAGAAAUCACCUUCCUUUGCUUCCGAGUGGGAUGAGCAGUUUCAGGAGCAAGUGCCUGAUGACUCCGAAGUUCAGUCUUUCUACAAUAUCGAGAAAAUUAUGAGUUCCAUUGGCGAAGGCAUUGACUUUUCACAGGAGCAGCAAAGAAUGUCAGGUUCACGGAUGCUGGAGCAGAGUGUUGGGGAGUGGCUGGAGUCCAUCGGCUUACAGCAGUACGAAAGUAAACUGCUUCUCAAUGGCUUCGAUGAUGUCCGCUUCCUGGGAUGUAAUGUUAUGGAAGAUCAGGAUCUUCGGGAAAUUGGUAUUAAUGAUCCACAACACCGCAGAAAACUUCUCCAAGCAGCACGUUCCCUUCCUAAGGUGAAAUCUCUAGGCUAUGAUGGAACUCAACCUUCAGUUCCUGCGUGGCUUGAUUCCUUGGGGCUUCAAGAUUAUAUUCAGUCAUUUCUGUCGAGUGGCUAUAGUUCUAUAGACUCAGUGAAAAAUCUCUGGGAGCUAGAAUUAGUAAAUGUACUCAAGGUGAAUCUUCUUGGCCACCGUAAACGUAUUAUAGCCUCUCUGGCAGACAGACCAUAUGAGGAACCCCCACAGAAGCCACCAAGGUUCUCUCAAUUGAGAUGCCAAGAUUUGAUAUCCCAGACAUCUUCACCUCUGAGCCAGAGUGACUCCUGCACAGGGAGGUCUGCAGACCUCCUGCUUCCUUUGGAAGAUGCUGGGAGGAAGAGACAUGAGAACAUCCAUGAUAUUGCAUCUUAUCCAAGAGCAGAGAAGUUUAGGACACAGGAGGAACAUCGUGAAUCAAAGCUUACACUCAGACCUCCUAGUCUGGCAACUCCAUAUGCUCCCGUCCAGCACUGGCAACAUCAGCCAGAGAAACUUAUAUUUGAGUCCUGUGAGUAUGAAGCCAAUUAUCUGGGGUCCAUGUUAAUCAAAGAUCUUCGAGGAACAGAAUCUACACAGGAUGCCUGUGCAAAAAUGAGGAAAUCAACUGAGCAUAUGAAGAAGACCCCAACAAUAAUAUUAUCUAUUACUUAUAAAGGAGUGAAGUUCAUAGAUGCUGCUAACAAGAAUGUAAUUGCUGAACAUGAAAUUCGGAACAUUUCUUGUGCUGCCCAAGACCCUGAAGAUCUCUGUACAUUUGCCUAUAUCACUAAGGACUUGCAGACUAGCCAUCACUACUGUCAUGUCUUCAGUACCGUUGAUGUAAACCUAACAUAUGAAAUCAUUCUGACAUUGGGGCAAGCAUUUGAAGUAGCCUACCAGUUGGCCCUUCAAGCUCAAAAAUCAAAAUCUCCAGCUGUUUUGACCGCAGAAAUGAUAGAAACAAAAUCUUCAAAACCAGUGCCUAAACCUCGAGUCAGCAUGAGAAAGUCAGCACUGGAGCAAUCUGAAGAGGACCAAGACUCCCAGACCCAUGCUGGUGUAUCCUGGGUAGUUGAGCCCAAGCAGGAUUCCAAGAGGACCCUCAGCACUAAGUAUGAGACUAUUAUCUUCUGAAAACAAAUCUACAUCCAACCAGUCUAACUGUGCCUUUGCAGUCUGAUCUGCCUGCUGUUCUAAACCUUCCUUUGCCCCCAUUGCUGGCGCUAGGCAUAGUGCCAUCAGAGGCAGCAGGAUAAGAUUAUCAUAGACUAAGCAGCUUUUUUAUCUGCUUUCUACUGAACACUGUGAAUUCUCCUAAAGAAAACAAGGUUAACACACUGAGAGAGUCAGCUGUUUUUAGAUGUCUUGAGAGAUGGGAGAAAUGAAGCCUGUGGGAGUUCAGUAUAUGGAUUUGGGAAAAUCAACUCGUGUUUUUUAUUUUCUCUUCAUGUUGACACUGUGAAUAUGGAGUGGAUUAAGACUCCAUAGGGCUUUAUUGUUUAGCAUUCUUGUUACUGGAUGGUUCUACAACUUUGUUCUCUUGUGUACAUACUGUUGUAAUCUGGAUGUAUAUCUCCAUACUAAAACAUGGCCACAACUGUUCCAUGUAGCAUUCUUUUACCUGUCAUCUCAAAAUACACUAAUUACUGUGAUAUUGUUUGCAAACCUCUUGCUCACCUGAUUUCUAGCAUGAAUCUUGUUCACACUCUUUACUGUUUCUGGAUACUGGAAUGAAUGGUAUAAUGAAAAAUGCAACUAGGCUCCAUGAUUCCCUCUAUUAAGCACUUUCUUUUUUCUAGGAGUCAGACUUGAUAUAAAUAAUAUUUAAACAGGAAUGUUUCAGCUCUCCAAGUAUUUCUGAUCAGUCUGUGUAGGAUUUACUGUUAGAGCUUUCUGUUCAUGUUAAGCAAUCCACUUACAAAUAACUUAUUAAUCACAUUUCCUGAACUUUAAUUAGAGUGCAUCUUACAAUGAUACACACUAAUUGCUAUAAAUAAGGAUAAGAGGCUAAUAAAGAUCAAGGCAAAUGGUAGGAAAAAUGGAUGCCAUACUUAUGUUGAAUUAAAUACAGUUAACAAUUAGAAGAAAAGAUAUCAAGAUUUUAUACAGAAUAUUUCUAAAUGGGCAGCAUUCCAGACACCGGAGUUUUCAAAAUAUUUGUAAUUCAUCUUUCUCCAGGCAGGCCAGUAAAUAGUAUCUGACUUCUUAUGACUUUUCAAUACAAAUUUCAUUUAGUUUUUUAAGCAAAAGAAUGCAAAGGUAGAUUGAAUUUUAAAUUACUGGCUUUUCACUGAAUGCUUGUCAGCUGAACAGAGAUGAUCUUAGAUUCCAUCUCUCAAAAUAAACUGAAGGAAACUGAUGAGUUCAGAUGAUGUCUGACAUUUGCCUACUGUCCUUCAAAUAAUUUGUUUUCACUAAACACAAGUUUUCCAGUGAUAAUCCAGACACUUCACAUUAUUCAGAGACUGUAGAGUUACUGCGACUAAAUGACCUUAUGUAAAUUACCAUACAUUUCUCACAUCUGGGAUUUAGUCAUUGACAACAGUAUAAACUUCCCUUGGUUGCAUUUUUUAAUGUAUAAAAUCAUUCAAUCCCUAGCUUUCUUUUCAUUAAUAUUGUCCCCAUUUUGUUUGCCUUUUGCCAAGCUGAACUACAGACAUCCACGUUUCUCCAUGGAAAUGUAGUAAAUGAGCAGAGCUCUAAGAAGCAGUGAAAUCCUGGAGGUACGAAGAUCAACACCCGGCUCUGGGUUGUGUCCUUGGCUGCUCAUUAAGGACUUCCAGAGUUGAGUGAAAAGUGUCCCAAGC